AUGCACUAUGGCGAAUCGAGCGUGUCGAUCAAUAAAAAACAGCCAGCUAUGUUGCCACUCGAGUACGACUACAAAUAUACUCUUGGAUCACCGUUCGUCUCUUUCGUGGAUCUGGUAAUGGUCAAUAAGCUCUAUGAAUGCGACGUUUCGGUAAGCGAACCGCGUCCAACUUCUCGAACAGUUAAACCAUUCCCCACGACCACCCAAACCCCUCUGCCGGAUAGUUUCUGGAUUUACGGUGAAGCAGCAAGCCAAUGCGUGGACCAUCCAAAGUAA